AUGGUUGCCAACGUUCUGGUAGUCUCCUGCCUCAUUCUUGGUGCUAUUGCCCACCAACCACAACACUUCCCUGGAUCAAAUGGACAACAACCUCAACAGGGUCAACCAGAACAGGCUCAUCAUACUCAACCAGGGCAACAACAGCAAUUCGGUGGAGAACAAGCUAGAGAUGAACAUCAUAUCAAAGAGCAUUUGGAUGGAAAGGUCGAUCCAACAGCCAAUAUGACACCUGAACAACUUCAAUUCCAUUACUUUAACAUGCACGAUUUGGAUAAAAAUGGAAAAUUAGAUGGCGUUGAAUUGAUCAAGGCUAUUACCCAUUUCCAUUCUGAGAACCCGGGACCACAACACACUCAAAAUAAUGCUAAUGCGAAUCAUCAGCCACCUCCACUGCCAAGCGAAGUCGAGCUUGAGACGAUGAUCGAUAGCAUCUUGAAAGAUGAUGAUUUCAAUGCCGAUGGUUUCAUCGAUUAUGGAGAGUUCCUGAAGGCCCAAAAGAUUCGGGAAGAUCAAGCAAGAGCACACCAGGAGAAUAUGGCUAAAACCGGUACGGUAGCUCAUGGAGCAACGUUUGCUGAUGAGUCACAGGUGCACGAUGAAGGGCAUAUCAAACAGCAUUUGGAAAACAAAAUAGAAGUUGAGAAACUGACAGAAGAGCAACAACGAUUCCACUACUUCGCGUUGCACGAUUUGAACAAAGACAACUUCAUCGAUGGUAUUGAGAUUCUGAAGGCUCUCACGCACGAUCACGGAGAACACCCCUCCGCAGGACCAUCUACGGACGAAGGAGAAGCCGAGAGGCUCGUGGAUGCAGUAUUAGAUGAUUUAGAUACUAACGGAGAUGGUGUAAUUGAUUAUGCGGAGUAUUUGAAACGACAAUAA